UGGAACGCUAAAGUUAAUGUUUGUUUUUAUAUUUGUUUGAACGGCAUGCUUAAAAAAGCACUAGAUGUUCAUGUCUUUAACAGUGAAUGUCGGCUAUUGAGUGUCCUUGGGGUCGUGGAAAGAAAGGGUUAAAUUUCAUGUCAAGACAAGUGACGUCCAACAUUAUUUGGGGUGUAGACAGUACACUCAUUAAAAGCAAAGACAGAAAUAAGAGGUAAAAUGAGGAGGCGGUUAGCACAGGUAAACCUGCGUGUACAUUUCUCGGGUUGGUUUAAUUACCAUGGGAUGUCAAAGGAGCAGCGUUGUAGUGUGAGCUGGUGAACAUCUUGGACACAGAUCGAGUAGGACUACAGCGCGUUGUUUUUAACGGCUUUAACAUAAUUUUGGAAUGAAAAUGAAUAGGGUGCAAAGUUGAUACAAAAUACAACGAAAAUGAGUAAAAAGUAAAAAAAAGUUCAACAGGUGAAUCUGGUACCGAAGUACGUCUUCUUUUUUUAAAACAAAUCUUUCCCUGAAGUACAUGUGACACAUUUCUGUGUAGCGGAAAGGUACCGAUUAUAGAUGUCCAAAGGGUUGAAAACACAGCAGGAAUCGAAAAGGCUCGAUUUGCUCACACCGGAGUGCGAUGAAGACAUCGAUGUAGAAAGUGUGGAUGGGUGUCUGUCCCCGGGAGGCUCGGAGGAACUCGGCGUCGGCCAAGAGCGAGGGGCGAGGCCGGUGUCCGAGCUGCAGCAGCGCGGCCAGACGCGCAGCCCCAAGUGUGCGCGUUGCAGGAACCAUGGCGUGGUGUCCUGCCUCAAAGGCCACAAGCGGUUCUGUCGCUGGCGGGACUGCAGGUGUACCAACUGCUUGCUCGUCGUGGAGCGACAGCGGGUGAUGGCAGCGCAGGUGGCCCUAAGGAGACAGCAAGCCACGGAGGUUAAGAAAGAUGCCAAUGGAAUCGCAGUCUCAGGAGGAGUCAAAAUCAGAAGACCUCCCUACCACCGCUACACGAGGGAGCCUAGUCUUCUAGCAAAAAGUAUUCUGGAAGGAUACAAGCCUGCUGUUUUAGAAGACUCCGUGUGGGCAAAGACGACGCCCUACCCCGCCCUGAGCGAAAGGAUGAGGAAGAGACGGGCUUUUGCAGAUAAGGAGCUGGAGGGCAUCAUGUUAGAAAGAGAAGUCAGGCAAAAAGAACUGGAAGACCUGUCUGGACUGAAAAUGCUUGGACCUCUGUUGCCAGGUCCUGUAACCAGGUGCUGCACAUUUCAAGGGCCAAUAGAAGACGCUUACUUGCCUUUUCUGAAAACCAGUCCCAUACUACUGGAGUGUGGGUUGCAGUGCUGCUUAGCCCAAGAGCUGGUGUUGUCCGGGUCAGAGCAGUGCCAUAACGAACAUCCACCACUCCAGGACAACAGGCUGCUGAUGGAGCCUGUGGAUGUGCCCGGAAUAAAGGAUCUGGGACGUUUGGAAAGCUGCAGGGAAAGCCUGACCUACUGCGGGACUCUACAGCCUUCACCUCGCGCUUUGCAAAACCCGUGUCCAUCGGAGCGCGCCGCUCCAGUGCGUCAGAACAGCACCGAUGUCACCUUCCAGCUCCAGCUCCCAUGUCGACGGGUCACAUGCGUGUCACCUCCGAGCCUCGAGGGCGCCGAGUCCGAACCAUGGGGAGGCAGUCGUGAAGACUGUAAGAAUUCCAGGUGCUACGGAUUCACAGUUCAACCCCUCAAAGAAACAAGUGUCUGCAGUGUCAGCCAGGAACAAAACGACACGAAAAAGCCGCCAUUCCAGGGAGUAAGAACAUUGCCUUUUUCGGUAGAAUCACUGCUGAGGAGUUAAAAGGAAUCUAAAGCCAUACAAGACAAUUCAGUCAUGUACUGUAUGCAGUUUCCUCAGUGUUAAGCGUCAAAGAGCAAAUUAGUUUCUGUCUAAUUUUAAAACCAAGUUCCAGAGGAAUGGGGCAACCCCUAUAUGGUAUCAUAAAUUAGUAAAAACAGUAAUUAUAGCAUAGCACAAUGCAAUAAUGGUAAUAACCUGAUAAAACAGAAAGUCAAAGGUAAUGCAUUGCACAAACUCUGGGAGAACAUGGGCAAAGAAAAGUAAAAUGUGUGGUGUAAAAACACCAGGUUAUACUUCAGUUAUACUGAGAUUGAUUGAUUGAGAUAAGCAAUCCUAAGGAACAGCAUCAUAGCAUGUCCAAACAACACCAAAGGGAAACUAGAACAACUUUUCUGAGUUAACAGUUCUUUAUGUCUGGGAAAAAAAGGCAAAAUGAAAAGAGUUUGACGAAAAAGUGUUCCCAGUUCCAAAGUGAACAGAUAAACUGGUCAGUGUAAUCCACAAGGAGGCAGAACAUAAGAAGUCAAAAAUAAGAGGCCAUUCAACCAAAUAGUUAACUGAUCCAAGGAUCUCACAAAGCUGUCUCUCCAAAGAAACCACGGCCUCAACAUCACGGCUGGGUAGCUUAUUCUAGACUCCUACAACCCAUUGUGUAAAGAAGAGCCCCCUUAUCUGAAAUUACAUCCUAAAGAGGAGUUCUUUGAUAAAGCCAUCUUGUGUUCUGUUUACAGAAAAUAGCCUCUGCCGUAAGUUCUCAGUGUUCCGGAACAUUUUAUGCAUAAUAACAUUUGUUACUACACACAGUACAGUAUCUAACAGUCAAGAGCCAGGGACAUAUACAAUCAAUUUUAAAGGCAAAUGAAAGAUAAAAUGUAUUGAUGUGCUUGUGUGGUACAGUAGUUUACCAACAAUGUGGAGAAGUGUGUAUUUUCAUUAGAGCUUCUGCUCCUUCAUGACUUGUUUUGAUGAAGAAGCAAAUAUUUUGCUUUUACUGAUUCAUAUUUUGAAGAAUAUCUCAGGGAUUAUAGAUCUACAAGAAUCAUAUGGACCCACCCUGUAUAUCACGGGCCUGCUAUGAACAUCUCAACUUUGAAACCAGUCCUGGACUCAUAAAUACUUGAAAACAAUUCACAACUGGUGUGAAACCCUUAAUUAAUAAAGUUAACUCAUGAAUAUA